CGCUGAAUUCACGCACUCUCUCCGUGUGGUGUGCCCGAGUUCAACAACGCGAGCAAGACCCAAGUCGCAAAGGAGGUGCUCAACCCAACCAGGUGGCCAUCACCGACCCGCGCUUGUCACACCACCCGACAAACACAGCGCUGUUUGCUCGUGCACCUGUGGCCAGACGCCGCGUAGAGUGGGAGACCGCGAGAGUGGCCCAGUUCUGGUUUGCCUUGACAGUGGCAUCGUGCACCGUCGUGCAGCGAUGGCAUCUCACUUUUCAACUCGCGAUGAAGCAAACGUCGACGCUCAAGGGCCCGGUCUUUCACGCCAAGCGCGCCACGGGCCGGUACAGCCCGUACUCGACCAAGCGCCCGGCCCUCCCUGACAUUGUCGACUACCUGGACGACCACGACGUGUGCGACUCCAUGGCCGCCCUCACCGACGUAGAAACCCCCACGACGUCAGUCGACGAUGACUUUGAAGACGACCUGGGCCGACUCUCCCUCGACGAAGACAUCGACUUGGUGCCUGGCGUCAACCUCGCAUGGAGCACGGAAGACGUCUCGAUUCUGCUGGCGCUCUUCGACAAGGACUGCUAGCUCGCGGCGCGUUGUCGUAUUUAUGGAGCACGCGAUGCGCGCUCCCCCGAUUAAUUUAGAAUCCUCUCGUUUACUAC